ACUCCUCCCAUGAGACUGGUCAGAUCUUCUAGUCGGGGCCUUCGCCGGCUGAUGUUUAAGGAGUGGAUCCACUAUGUCGCUUUACGAUGGCCAGACAUGCGGUGUUCUCUUCUGGGGCCAAAAUAUGGAAAUCUUUGGAGUGCGCAAAGUCAGAGCUGCGACUGGAUCUCACCCUUGCUUGUGGACAAACUUUCCGCUGGAGAGAAACUGCGGAGGGGCAUUGGACUGGGGUCAUUAGGGGGCGUGUGUGGACAUUGACUCAAACAGAAGACACCCUUUGGUACUACGUCUAUAAAAACGAGGGUGGAGCUGGUGGAGAAAACAGAGACCAGAAGAAAGACUCUCAGAAGAUAGAUGAGGAGGAGACACAAUCUGCCACUGCCCAACAGGACGCUGAGGUGGAAGCAGAGAUGCUGAGAGACUACUUCCAGCUGCGUGUGAAGUUGGGGGAUCUAUACAGGGAGUGGGGUGCCGCAGACUGUCACUUCAAGCAAAUUGCAGACAUCUUUACAGGUGUGCGAAUGCUGCGUCAGGACCCCACAGAAUGCCUGUUUUCCUUCAUUUGCACCUCCAACAACCACAUCUCUCGUAUUCAGGGCAUGGUGGAGAGAUUGUGUCAGGCUCUGGGUACCCCUCUCUGCCAGCUGGAUCAAACCUCCUACCAUGACUUCCCUACACUUUCCGCAUUGGCAGACAGAGGUGUAGAGCAACGUCUCAGGGAUCUCGGCUUUGGUUACAGGGCUCGGUUUCUUCAGCAGAGUGCUAAACAGAUCCUGGACACACACGGGCUCCAGUGGCUUGAUGGUUUACGGAACGUCCUGUAUCUGGAGGCCCGUGAUGCUCUUCGGACCCUCCCUGGUGUUGGCACCAAAGUGGCAGACUGUGUUUGUCUGAUGUCUCUGGAUAAGUCCGAGGCCGUACCCGUCGACACACAUGUUUGGCAGAUUGCUAAGCGGGACUAUAAGUACACUGCUGACAAUGGACAAAAGACCCUCACAGAAAAAAUUCACAGAGAUAUUGGAGAUUUUUUCAGAGAGCUGUGGGGACCAUAUGCAGGUUGGGCCCAUUCGGUUUUAUUCUGUGCUGACCUCAAGAAGUUCCAGAACCUCAAAGAAAUGAUACAUUUGAAGCAGUCAAAGAAAAAAGAACUGUGUGAAGGAAACUGCAAGAAGUUUAAAAUAAAAAGAGAGUUUGAUGGACACGAAAAGAAGAAGAAACCCAAGUCAGAACGUCAGAAGAAGGCAAAGAUGUCCAUCAAGACAGAGGAGGUUUGAGUCAAUAAAUCUCUGAUCUGAUCAGAUGAAAGUGAAUGGGAAUUACUGUUUAUAAACUUAAUGGAAAUUGGUUUACUGUUAUCACAUCUUUUUUUUUUUAUCAGCAGGAUUUUACUGUAAAAUUGUCUUGUGCUCUUCUACCAGUUCAGAACUGUAAAAAAAGAGGGUACAGUGUGGAGUGUUUCACAUGAUAAAAAAUAAACAUAGUUAUAUUUUUUUAAAUGA